CGCCGCCCAUCUGCCAGAGACCUCAGAAGGAGAAAAUGAAGCUCAAGAGCCUCCUGCUGCGGUAUUAUCCGCCAGGAAUUAUGUUGGAGUAUGAAACAAAUGGAGAAUUAAAGACCAAAUCAAUUGAUUUACUUGAGCUUGAUCCCAGUACUGAUGUUGGCGCUUUAGUAGAAGAGAUCCAGAAAGCGGAGCCUCUGAUCACAGCUUCCCGAGCCGAGAAGGUCAGGCUGUUAGUCCAGAGACUGCAGGCAAAGCUGGAACAGAACAGCAAGCACAUCUUCUGUCUCGUCAAGGUUCUCAGAGCGCACAUACUGCCCCUGACUAAUGUUGCACUGAACAAAUCAGGCUCGUGUUUUAUCACAGGAAGCUACGACCGGAUGUGCAAGGUCUGGGACACCAGAUCCGGAGAACAGCUGCACACGCUGGAGGGCCACAGGAACGUGGUCUACACCAUCGCCUUCAACAAUCCCUACGGUGACAAAAUCGCCACAGGAUCCUUCGAUAAGACGUGCAAACUGUGGAGUGCAGAGACAGGAGAAUGCUACCACACCUUUAGGGGCCACACGGCCGAAAUAGUGUGUUUGUCAUUUAACCCUCAAAGCACCCUGGUGGCUACUGGAAGUAUGGACACCACGGCCAAGCUUUGGGACAUCCAGAGUGGGGAGGAAGUGUUCACCCUAACGGGACAUUUGGCAGAAAUCAUUUCCUUGUCAUUUGACACCUCAGGAAGCAGAAUCAUUACAGGGUCUUUUGAUCACACAGUUAUAGUGUGGGACACUUCUACUGCAAGAAAGGUGCAUACCUUGAUCGGCCACUGUGCCGAGAUAAGCAGCUCCGUGUUCAACUGGGACUGCUCGCUCAUACUGACCGGCUCCAUGGACAAGACCUGCAUGUUGUGGGAUGCUACAAAUGGAAAAUGCAUAGCAACCUUAACAGGCCAUGAUGAUGAAAUACUGGACAGCUGCUUCGAUUAUGCUGGAAAGCUUUUCGCAACUGCUUCAGCGGAUGGAACAGCAAGAGUUUACUGUACAGCCACAAGAAAAUGUAUCUCCAAACUGGAAGGUCAUGAAGGGGAAAUUUCAAAGAUUUCUUUCAAUCCCCAAGGGAAUCGUCUUCUGACUGGCAGCUCUGACAAAACCGCUCGAAUCUGGGACGCACACACUGGCGAGUGUCUUCAGGUUCUUGAGGGACAUGUGGAUGAAAUCUUUUCAUGUACUUUCAACUAUAAAGGCAACAUUGUCAUUACAGGCAGCAAGGAUAAUACCUGCAGGAUAUGGUGUUGACGGGAGAAGUCCACCCUGAGCAAACUUGUAAGCAGCCGUGACCAAGACCCCGAGCUUCCCAGGACAAGCA